GGCAGUGACAGCUGCACGCCGUUCGUCUCUCGGUGAUAUCGGUGAGCACUGUUAAUGAUGGUCGUAAAUGUUAGUGUUUCUUUGUCAAGGUUUCUGGGCAGACCGCACUGCCCUGCAUGAGGCAGCGUCCCAUGGCAGAGCCUUGCAGCUCAAACAGCUGAUAGAAAGUGGAGCCUCUGUCAACAUGGUGACUGUGGACAACAUCACCCCACUUCAUGAGGCCUGUAUAAUGGCUCAUCCGAACUGUGCCCGCCUGCUGCUGGAGGCUGGAGCCCAGGUCGAUGUACGGACCAUCCAUGGCAGCACCCCUCUGUGUAAUGCUUGUGCUUCUGGCAGCCUGGACUGUGCCAAAUUGCUGUUGGAGUAUGGAGCCAAAGUGAACCCGUCCCUCACAGCUCUCACCGCUUCACCACUUCACGAGGCCUGCAUACGCGGUAAUGUCGAAGUAGUGAGGUUGAUGAUAGCCAGUGGUGCCCAGCUCGAGGCGUAUGAUGUGCAUUUUGGUCCACCCCUCCACAUCGCCUGUGCUAAAGGACAUGUGGACUCUGUCAGGGAGCUGCUUAAUGCAGGUGCCUGUGUGAAUUCAAUGAAGUUCCAUGAGACAGCUUUGCAUCAUGCAGCACGUAUCCACAUGAUGAACAUGAUUGAGCUGCUGGUGGAGUUUGGAGCCAAUGUGUACGCUAGUGAUAACCUGGGAAGAAAACCUGUCGACUACACAACACCAGAGUCUCCCUGUUACACCUGCCUCAGGUUUUAUGAAAGUCAUCCUCUGAGCCUCCAGCAGCUUUGUAGAAUCGCUACAAGGAGGAUGCUUGGUACCAGAGCUUCAGAGGUCAUAGGUCAGCUGAACAUAUCCCGUCGCAUCCACAACUACCUCCAGUACUGUGACCAACUGUCAUGAGAAUUACAUUAUUAAAUAUGUUUUAAACUGUGCUCUAAUCAAUAUAUUAACCAGUAUAUGCUAUUUAAUGGAUUUUAAACUUUCAGAACAGAGACCUGUGAGAAACUGCUUGUGUGAGUUGAAGGACAUGUCUUAUCUUUCUUUUAAACUUUGUUUGCUAUGAUAUAUUCAACUACAGGGUGUUCCAGACUUAGAGGACCCCAGCCAUAAACUGUGAAAAUAAACAUGCACCCAGCUUAUUUAGUGUCUAAGGGGUUAUCAGGGCAAACCCUCUCAUUCUAUUUUGCUGUUUAAAUCUGCUUUACAACUUGAUUAACACCUGGGUUGCGUCCUCAGGGAGUUCCCUUUCAACUAUAUAUUGUACUGUUUCAACCUAUCUCAUUCAGACAACUCUGUAUGCUCAUGCUGACUUGUCUCCUUGCUGCAAGUAAAGAAA